CUAGGAAAUAACUUGUUUUGCCGAUUCACGUACAAUAAAUCACAGUAUGUGAGAGCAAGGAACGACAACUCUGCGCGGAGAUUGGCGAAGAGGGUACAGUUUCGGUAGGCGUCUUUGUAGUGAACAGGUAAAAAUGAGGUAUCUUGGUAUACUGCGUUUGCUGAACAAAGAUGUAAAGUCAAUUACUCCAAUCACAUCCAGCUUUGCUACAUAUCAAUCAGACAAAUGGGAUUAUGCUACAGAGAAGAAGUCCUUCCGACUGACCUGCCCUAAACACUUCAACUUUGCCAGAGAUGUUAUUGACAAGUGGGCACACACUGAAAAGUUUGGCAGGAGUGGAGGUAACCCAGCACUCUGGUGGGUGAAUGACAAAGGGAGGGAACUCAAAUGGUCAUUCCAGGAAGUGUCACAUCAGUCAAAACUUGUUGCCAAUGUGUUGCUGGGUCCAUGCAGGCUACACCCCACUGAUAUUGUGAUAGUCAUGCUUCCCAGGGUUCCUCAGUGGUGGGCAAUAAACGUUGCUGCAAUCAGAGCAGGUGUGAUUCUUAGCCCUGGAACGACCCUGCUGCGUCCAGGGGACAUCAAGUACAGAGUGAACGCAUCUGGGGCCAAGUGUAUAAUCACCAAUGCAGACUGUGCUGAUAGUGUGGAUGAGGUUGCUGCAGACUGCCCAUCUCUUGAAACUAAAGUCAUUGUGGGGGAGGAAGGAAAAAGGCCUGGCUGGUUGAACUAUGAAGAGCUAACCCGUAGAAGUACAGACAACAUACAGUGUAUCAACUCGCUGUCUACUGACCCGAUGACUGUGUUCUUCACAAGCGGUACCACUGGCUCCCCCAAGAUGACAGAGCACACGCACAGCAGCUAUGGCCUUGGGCAUAUCAUAACAGCAAAGUAUUUUCUCAACCUGAGUCGCAAGUCAAUCUUAUGGAACCUGUCAGACACAGGCUGGGCCAAGUGUGCAUGGAGCAGUCUGUUUGCCCCCUGGAUUGCUGGGGCCACUGUGUUUGUUCAAGAUGCUCCCAAGUUUGACCCCAUCCGCACUUUACAGACACUAGCAAGCAACCCCAUUACACAUUUCUGCACGCCACCAACAGCAGUACGAUUUAUGAUCAAAGAGAAGCUGCACAACUACAAAUUUCCUGCUCUAUUCCACUGUGUGAGCGCCGGGGAACCUGUGAACCCAGAGAUGUUGAAGGAGUGGACUGAAGGCACGGGUCUGAAUCUGUACGAGGGAUAUGGGCAAACAGAGACAACAUUUGUAUGUGGUAGCUACCCAAGUAUAGAACAGCGACCUGGUUCCAUGGGAAAGGCUGCACCUGGGUAUGAUGUGGAGAUUGUAGAUGAUGAGGGAACAGUAUUGCCUAGGGGACAGGAGGGCAACAUUGGGAUUCGGUGCAAGCCUGUCUGGCCUGUAGGGCUCUUCACCAGGUACAUUGAUGACGAGGCCCGUAUGCAGUCAGUGCUUCGUGGAGAUUACUACCUGACUGGGGACAAGGCCACUAUGGAUGAUGAGGGCUAUGUGUGGUUUAUGGGCCGCAAUGAUGACGUAAUCCUCACUUCUGGCUACAGGAUAGGUCCAUUUGAGGUGGAGAGUGCGUUGAUUGAGCAUCCGGCUGUGCUGGAGUCAGCGGUAGUAAGCUCUCCAGACAAACUGAGGGGAGAGGUUGUAAAAGCAUUUGUGAUACUGACAGAAGCGUUCAGGAAUGCUGAUACAGAGGCCUUGACCUUUGAACUACAGGAGCACACAAAGCGUGUCACGGCUCCUUACAAAUACCCAAGGAAGAUUGAGUUUGUUGACAGUCUUCCAAAGACAGUAAGUGGGAAAAUAAGAAGAGUAGAGCUUCGUAACAAGGAAUGGAGAAGGGAGAAUCCAAACUAGUUGUCAAGUAUAGUUCUGGAAGUCAGAAUAGUGCAUGUGUUUUAGACAAUACAUGGUAUUUUUAUAAAAUACAUAUUUUUUUUUAUUUCAACUAGCAAUAAUUGUUCCAUAUUACAGAAUAUAAAAAAAACACAUAUUUAUUUGUACAUAAUUAAGUGCCUAGAAGGUCACAAUAGAAUUAAUAAUGUACUGUUUUUUAUUCAUGUUGAUAUUGUUUAUAUAAUAGUAAAUACACAUGAAUGACUUUUAUAGGUUGUCUAAAUUACAUGGAGGUCUUAUUUCAAGAUAACAGGGUAUUAUCCACAUGAAGCUUAGCAUGUACAACCAUGUACAACAUGUCAGUUUUAGGUAACGUUAAUACUCAUUAUAACCCUUCCUUAGGCAGAUUUUACAUUGUGAUAAAACACUAUCUGAACAGUUGACACCACAUUCCUAAUUAGGUCCUUUUAUUGGAUAGAUUAUGGUACUGUCUGCAGAAAAAAAAACAUUCUGUAUAACAUGGUGUUCACAAAAACAUGUUGGGGCAAAUGUAAUUAUUCAUUUAUUGGCGUCGCUCUGGAGAGUUAUAAAACGGAUCAAUGUAUAUAAUUUUGUUUUAAGAAUAUCUUGCAUAGUGGUGAUUUUUUGUGUAAAUUAGUGUAAAUAAGUACUGCAUUUUUACCUUUUACAUUUAUUACAACAUUUAUUGCCAAUAAUGCAAAGCUAAUUGUUUUAAUUAAUAACUGAUCCACAACUGAUCACAGGGGAAAGAUCACAUGGACUGGGCAAAUACACGAAACUUUCUGGUGUUGUAUAAAAACAAAACAUAAUCAAAAUAUAUUUAUUUUGUGUUUUUUCUAAUUUGCUUAUUUAGUGGAGAAUCAAUGUAGUACCAUAUUUGACGACCUAUCGCGCAAGCAAGUUUAUUGGAAGGCGUAGUGGUACGAAAACGUACAAUGUAUUAGUUUAUUAAUAUACAUAUAAUUACGAUCGCUAUACACAACUUCACCAAAUAGCAGUACAUAAAUGAUGUCAGCCGGAAUAGUUCAGUUGGGAGAGCGUAAGACUGAAGUUGUUUACGCAACAAUCAUCUUAAGGCCCCCGGUUCAAUCCCGGGUUCCGGCACGAACGGAACAGUUCGGUGGCUGACAAUUUUUUUCAGUCAGGUUCAUAAAUAUAAUAAAGCUUUAUUUAAUGUAGACAUUUUUAAAUCCAUUUUACUACAAUUGGACAGUUUUAUUAAAAUUAACGGAUGCCGCGUGGUGACAACGUUAAUUAACAUUUCUUACAUCAACUAAAUAUCUUAUAAAAAAUACACGUGUUUUUAUAAUAACAAAUAAAUGCAAACAACACAUCUAUUUUCCUUUUUUGUUAUGGUUGUCUAUCAUAGGCCCUAAGUACUAUCCCUACCACAUAUAGAGCGCGAAGAGCGACACGUAUUAUUGAUUGUAACAAUGAGUUGCGAUAAAGGAAGCAGCCGCUUAUCAAGGAGGAGCUGUGUCCCAGCAACCCGUUUCCCUAGAGUCAAGCACUCCUCGGAGUUUUUUUAAGACCCACAUAUAGAGCGAAGCAUUAUCCGACCAUUACGUCCAUAGUUAUCUUCUUUAGAAUUUGAGAAAUUUUGAAAUCAUUGAUCGAAGUCCAAAAUUUUCAUCCGAUUGUUCCCAAACUUGCACAGUUUUUUUAUUAUCAAUGAGGACCCAACCCAAACUCUCUAUAUGAGCAAUAAGUCCAUAAUUAUGUCUCUUAAUUUAAAAAUAAAAGUGAAAAACUGCUUGGUUAGGUGAUUAUGUCAACAUUUUUCAUCAGAUUCUUUCCAAACUUACAGUGUCUUCAUAUCAAUGAGCAUUUUACCUCAUUAAAAAUGAGAAACAUCGGGACAAUAAGUCCAGAAUUUUUUCUAUUAGAUUUGACAAAAUAAACAAUUUCCACUUGUUUAAAAGAUUUCACAACUUUCGUCUGAAUUUUUCCAAACUUGUUAAGUGUUUUUAUAUCAGUAUUACUCGAACCCUAUUGAAAAUGAUGAUUAUCGGAGCAAUAAAUCUAUUAUGAUCUUUUACUGAAGUUCAAAGUAUUGUGAAAUGCAGCUUCUUUAUGCAAUUUACAGUUUUCAUUCAAAAAUUUUUCAAACUUUUACAGUGUUUUUAUCAAUGAGUACUCAACCCCUAUCGUAAAUGAGCAACGUAAGAAUAAGUUCAGAAUCAUCUCCCCUUGAAGUUGAGAAAAAUAUGAAAUUACGCUUACAAGAUGAAGCAGAUUUUUUUAAACCUACACAGUUCUGCUCCAUUAAUGAAAACUGCACACGGAUGCCAGUAAAAAAAAAGGAAACCAAUGUAAAUAAAAUGAACUUUGAAAUAUUUGGGGGUUACAACACAAAAUCAUAGAUAAUGGUUAUUUAUGGGUUAUAACACAACAUCAUAAAUAAUGGUUAUUUGGGGGUUAUAACACAAAUUAUAGAUAAUGGUUAUACCAGUAUCUUUUUCUAUUUUGUUUAAAAUAAUCCGCCAAUAUAUUAAUAUUUACAGUAAAAAAAAAUCGUUCCAUGUAACUUCAUUGAGUGCCUUUUACACUGAAAUUCCCGACGCCCUUUGAUCCUUUGCAUCAAUACUUAUCUUGUUGAUUAUAUGAUUGCAUAUUUGAGUUUAACGAUGGGUUAGGCUUAUUUAGAUCAUUUUAAUAUCAAUGUAAGUUUGGGAUUGGGACACACAUGUCAAACAAGCAACUUAUAUCCAUUAUGUAUUCUUUUGUGUUGGUCGAAAAUACCAAAGAAAACAUUAUAUAUAUGCAUGUAAAUAUAUACAAAUGUAUAUUGCAAUAUUUUAUACAUUGUGUAUAAUAUCUUUGUUUGUAUGUGCUAAUUUUUUCUGUUAAGUAUAUAAAAAGAUUGUAACAUCAUUUUUAUGCAGAAAAAUACAUAACUAGUAUA